GUUAACAAAUUAUCAUAGAUAUGGAAAUAGUUUACUCUGAGAGGCCGAUGAAAAUCAUGGUAGGGCCCUUUUAAAUUACAGCAACUUAAAAGACACACAAAUCUUCUUGUGUGCUUUAACUAAUAUUAAUUAUUUCUUUUCCCUGAUGUGUUCUAUUUUAUUGUGCUCAGGAUCCUCCCUGUAUAAGGUUGUUUUUGUGUGUUCAGUCUCCCUCACAAUAAAAUUCAUCCUGUAAAUUAAGAUUUUUUAACAUAUUUUUUUAUAUCUUUGUAACGUUUUAAGUUAGUUGUGAGAGAUGUUAUUUACUGAUGUAGCUAUUAUUUUAAAAACUGUACAUGAAUAAAGUGUGGUUGGUUCUAACUUCGACGAUGUCAGCCUUCACCUGUAGAGGGCGCUGUAGUCCCGCCCCAGGCAGCAGAGUGGCUCUCUCUCCCACGUGCUCCUGUUUGUGAUGUCCAGCCUCUCUGACGAUGACGGUGACUCGAUGCCCCCCCGCCAACCGGCGGCGUAGAGCAGCAGCGGUCAGCCGGGACAGGGGUUUAGUGAGGUGAUCUCUUUCUCUCUGUUUCUCUCUCUGUCUCCUGAAGAGCGCGCGCGCCUCUAGUCCUCCAUCUGCGAGUAAUGCAGUCCAGUAAGAUGAAGAAGGACGAGUCCUUUCUCGGGAAACUGGGAGGCAGCCUGGCCAGGAAGAAGAAGAGUAAAGAAGUGAGCGAUCUACAUGAGGAAGGGAAGAACGCCAUUAACGCUCCCCUGCUUCCUUCAGGGACAGAGAUUCAUCCAGAAGACGCUCUGCUGGAGGAAAAUGCAGAGAGGAUCAUGUUGGACCCCGCCUCUCGAGAAAACCCUAAAUUUAAGGAUCUGGUGAAGACUCUGACUGAGUGGAUCAACAGUGAGUUGGAGGAGGACAGGAUCAUAGUCAAAGACCUGGAGGAGGACUGCUACGAUGGACAAGUCCUACAGAAGUUGUUUGAAAAGUUGUCCGGCAGGAAGCUGAACGUGGCAGAGGUGACCCAGUCGGAGAUCGGCCAGAAGCAGAAGCUUCAGACGGUUCUGGAGGCUGUUAAUUCUGUGCUCAGACCUCACGGCUGGACCGUUGAGUGGAGUGUGGAGUCCAUACAUUCAAAACACCUGGUGUCAAUUGUUUACCUGCUGGUUGCUCUGGCGAUGCACUUCCAGGCCGCCAUCAGACUCCCUGAGCACGUCUCUGUACAGGUGGUGGUGGUCAAGAAACUUGAGGGUAUCCUGCAAACUGCUGUUGUAACCAAAGAGCUGACGACCACAACAGAAAUGAUGAUUGGAAGAUUUGAGAGGGACGCGUUUGACACUCUGCUGGAUCAUGCUCCAGAUAAACUUAAUGUGGUGAAAUCGUCUCUCAUCACAUUUGUGAACAAACACCUGAACAAACUCAACCUGGAAGUCACUGAGCUGGAAUCACAGUUUGCUGAUGGAGUGUAUUUGAUCUUACUGAUGGGACUGUUGGAGGACUACUUCGUCCCGCUGUACAACUUCUUCCUCACACCGGAGAGCUUUGAGCAGAAGGUUCAUAAUGUGGCGUUUGCCUUUGAGCUGAUGCAGGAUGGAGGUUUGAUGAAACCCAAAGCGAGACCAGAAGAUGUUGUAAACCUCAACCUGAAGGCCACCCUGAGAGUCCUCUACAAUCUGUUCACCAACUACAAGAACUCUGAAUGAACUCUGAGCUCUCGUGUGUCAGUCUGACUCCUGGGCUCCGAGUCGACCACCGGGGGACUAAAGAGCAUCACGCCGCACACCUCUGAAAGGUUUGGGCCAGGCCAGACGGAUUAGUGCUCAGAAUGUUGGUUUACGAUGGUCUCUAAAUGUCAGUGUUUAUUUAUUUCAUCCUCUGAGAUUGUCUUCUGUGCAGGAAUCAGGGUGACCUUUAGCUCCUCACUGUCACUGAAAAACAGCCCUGGAAAGCUGGAAAAUGUCCGUGUGUGGAACUGAAAUUCACAUUAAAUAAUGUCUCAGUACACAUUCUACUAAU